GCGGGACAUAGCGGCUCAAUUGCAAAAUUUGGAGGUAACAAUGUCGGAGGCGUUCUUGGUGCACUUCAUUCUGAAUACCCUUCCUCACCACUAUGGGCCAUUUAAAAUCUCUUAUAACACACAUAAGGAUAAGUGGUCAAUUAAUGAACUAAUGACCAUGUGUGUGCAAGAAGAAGAAAGGCUCAUAAUGGAGUUGGGUGAAAGUGUCAUGCUAGCUACAACCUUAGCCAAGAACAAAUUUGACAAGUCUCGUACAACCACCUCUAAAGCUAAGGGUAAAGGUAAAAUACCACCGAAGGCUGACAUUAAGAAGGUACAUAAGUGUUAUUUCUGUAAAAAGAAAGGACACAUGAAGAAAGAUUGUGCCAAGUUCAAGAAGUGGUUGGAGAAUAAAGGGUAUGCAGAAUCUAAGGAAGCCAGUGGGAAGUGAGCAAAGCAUCUUAUCCGGA